AUGGCUACUUUGUGGGCUGACCAUAAACCAACAGCAUUUUUAACAACAUGUGAUGCUAGUGCAUUUAAAAUUAUACAAACAAGUAAAGGGAAGAGGAAGCUUGUAGGCUAUUUUGAGAAUUGGGAGGCUACACUCAAGGCCUUAAAUACUUCACAAGUUUUCUUUACCAAUGCACUUUAUGUUUCGUCCAGGUCAUGGGAUAAUUUUGCUUUCCACUUCUACUACAAUUUUGGCGACAUGGAUGACGUUGUAUAUGAUGAAAAUGUUACAGAUGAUGGUUUAGAUAAGUCAUCUGAAGAUGAUCUUUAUGAAGAUGAAGAUGAUAUAAUUUUAGGAUUACAAAUACCAAAUCCAGAUAAACAAAAAUCAAAAGCGCGUGUUACAGAUGAUAAACAAGUCAAGAACCAAUCAACAACAGCAAAACCUAAUGCACAAACAUUAGCUAAAAAUUCCCAAAAGGAAAAGAAAUCAUCCAAACCCAAGGCUAUUCAAAUACUGACCAGAUACGAAACUGUCAGAGAGGAGCAAAAGCAAAUCUGA